AUGGAUGAUAGACUGGUUAGACACGAAGAGGUCCUUAAUGAGGUAGUAAACACUCAGGAGGCACUCAGCAACACUCAAACUGACAUACAAGGCACACUAGAGCUGAUACUCGAACGACUGACUAAUCUGGAGAGGGUUCCAGCAAGAGCACAAGGAGAGAGACCUCAAGGUGAUGGAUUAUUGCCCAUGCCAGGCCCAAAGGUAAGGCACCAUCGACCUCCAGCAGUACAAGCUCCUGCGCCGAAAUGGGAGCUACCUUAUUUUGAAGGCCAUGAACCUAAAGGAUGGAUCCGAAAAUGUGAGAGGUACUUUAACUUGUAUAAGACUCUAGAGAAUUUGAAGGUGGAAGCAGCUGCCCUCUACUUAAAUGGCUUGGCAGACAUCUGGUAUGAUUCCUUAAUCCUUAGUAAAGGGGAAAUAAGUUGGGCUGAAUUUAAGGAGGAAUUAUUGAUCCGAUUUGGAGAAGAAUUAAUGGGAGACAUAGUAGAGGAAUUCAAUAAGUUGAACCAGACGGGAACAGUAGACGAAUUCCUAGGUAAAUUUGAAUAUUUGAAAGCCCAAAUGCCGAUCAGGAACCCUAACUUAGAUGAGUCACACUUCAUAUCUAGAUUUAUUGGAGCCUUGAAGGAGGAGAUUAGGUUUGGGGUGAAACUCUUCAAACCUACAACUCUAAGGUUUGCAGUGGAACAGGCUAGGUUACAGGAGAAGGCUAUCGAGGCUGCUCUUAAGCGUACAAAGGUAGUGGCUAAAUCAUUUCAGAAUACUGGCAGCUCUAACAACAAUAAGACACCUGUUACAACUACAGUCAAGCCAACUUCAUUUAGGCUCAGCCCUGAGGUUUAUGAGUACAGGAAAAUUAUUCAUUUGUGUUAUAAAUGUGGUGAGAAAUAUGCUCCAGGCCACCAAUGCAAGAGGAAGCAAUUGAAUAGUAUGACGGGAACAACAGAAGUUCCUAUUGAGAUUGGUGAAAUAGAAGAAGAGCAAGACUCUACAGGACUGAUCAUUGAAGGGGAAAUGGAACAGGAAGUUAUAGAGGCAGUGUGUUUAAAUGCUCUAUCAGGGGAUAACAAAGGAGUUAAUACUAUAUUGGUACGAGGGACUAUAGGCAAUAGGAAACUAACAGUAUUGAUUGACUCAGGGAGUACUCACAGUUUCAUUGAUGCCUCCACAGUCAAGGAAUCGGGAUACCAAGCUCAACCCUGCCCACCAGUGAGGGUAAUAGUUGCUGAUGGAAACUAUGUUAUAUGUACUGCAAUUUGCAUGAGCUAUCAGUGGAAGAUGCAGGGCAGACCAUUCCAAGAGAAUCUAUUAAUUAUUCCAUUGGGAGGCUGUGAUAUGGUUAUGGGGAAUGAUUGGAUGAAGAAGCACAAUCCAACCAAAUUUGAUCAUGAGAAGAUGUGUGUUACCAUUGGUAAGAAUGGUAACAAGCUGGUGUUACAAGGCAUCACUGAUGAAGGAAAGCUGACUAUGAUCUCCAGUGGAACCAUGGGCAAGAUGUUAAGGAAAGGUCAGGCUCUAAUAGCUCACCUAUUCAUGAUGAGUACUGUUAAUACUGAAGAACAAGAGCCAGUGGGGGAGGCCAUUGAAGAGGUACUACAGCAAUGUUCAGAUGUCUUUGCUGAGCCCAAGACCUUGCCUCCUGUCAGAACAUUAGACCAUAGCAUACCCUUGAAACCAGGAGCAAUGCCAGUCAGUUUGAGGCCCUACAGGUACAACUAUUACCAGAACGAGGAAUUAGAAAGGCAGGUUAAGGAGAUGCUUACUAAUGGCAUCAUACAGCAUAGUCAAUCACCCUACUCUUCCCCAGCCUUACUUGUCAAGAAGAAAGAUGGAUCAUGGAGAUUCUGUGUAGAUUAUAGAGGGCUGAAUGACAUCACAAUUAAGGAUAAAUACCCCAUACCCAUUGUAGAUGAUCUAUUGGAUGAGUUGUGUGGAUCUGUGAUGUUUUCAAUGGUGGAUUUGAGGGCUGGCUACCACCAGACCAGAAUGAAGGUGGAGGAUGUGUACAAGACUGAUUUCAGAACUCACAUGGGCCACUAUGAGUUCAGGGUGAUGCCCUUUGGGCUAACAAAUGCUCCAGCCACCUUCCAAGCCUUGAUGAACCAGGUUUUUCAACCCUUCCUCAGGAAAUUUGUGUUAGUUUUCUUUGAUGACAUAUUGGUAUACAGCCUAUCUGAGAAGGAACAUGUAGCUCAUUUGAGUGCAGUGUUUAGCAUCUUAAGGAAACAUUCCUUAUUUGAAAAAAGAUCUAAAUGUUCAUUUGGUCAGUCCAAAGUUGAAUAUCUGGGGCAUAUUAUAACUGUGAAAGGAGUGUCAACUGACCCUUCCAAGAUCAAGGCUAUGAUUGACUGGCCCACCCCCAAAUCUGUGAAAGCUUUAAGAGGAUUCUUGGGACUGACUGGGUAUUACAGGAAGUAUGUUACCAACUAUGGCAGCAUUUGCAGGCUCUUGACUGAUUUGUUGAGAAAGGAUGCUUUCAAAUGGAGUGAGGAGGCAGAGUUAGCAUUUGAAAAAUUAAAGAGGGCUAUGUCUUCUACACCUGUACUAGCACUACCUGACUAUAGUAAGGAGUUCAUAGUGGAAACUGAUGCUAUCCAAAUGGGCAUUGGGGUUGUACUAAUGCAGGAAGGUAGGCCCAUAGCUUAUUUUAGUAAAGUCUUAGCCCCAAGACACAGGGGCAAAUCUAUCUAUGAAAAGGAGUAUAUGGCUUUGCUAAAUGCAGUGGAGAAGUGGAAGCAUUACCUACAAUACAAGCAUUUUGUGUACAAGAAAGGAGCUGAAAAUAGGGUUGCUGAUGCCCUGUCCAGACAACAGGAAGGCCUUAAAGUUUCAAUGAACCAACUCCAGGGUACUUUACAAGCCAUCAGUGUUUCAGUUCCUGCAUGGGUGCAGGAAAUAACACACAGCUAUGAAGGGGAUCCUAAGGCUACUGAAAUCAUUAGCCAACUGGCUGUGACCCAACAAGGACCUAGCAUAUGGCAUUACAAUGCUAGCAUAUCAGAAAGAAGGGCAAAAUUUACAUUGGUACCAGUGGGGAACUCAGAACUCAAUUGA